AUGUAACAAUAAUUAUUAAAGCCUUAAUCUAAAGAACAUGCCCUAUAAAUUUUACAAUAGGGAUUCUAAAUGUAUUAAUAAUAAGGACAUAUGAGUUUCAAUGAAAAUGCUACAGUGAUUUAAUAACCAGAAAGAAUGAGUUUUAAUGAUUAAAAGAUGAAAUCACAUCCAAAAGUUCAUAAUGUAUUUGAUAGUCAAAAGAGAAUAAAAAAUAAUUAAAAUUAAAUAGAACAAAGUAUUGUUGGAAAUAGAUUUGAAAUUCCUAUUUUACCAUCAGGUAAAUAUCUAAAAUUUAAUGUUCUAUCAAAUUGGGGUGAUAAAUAGCAAGUUGGACUUAAUGGAAUUGAAGUUUUUGACUCAUAAGGAGGUAAUAUAACUAGAUAUAUAAAAAUGCCAAUGUAAGAUGAUUAUAUAGAGAAAUUGAAAUUGAUUGAUGGUUAUUAGGCAGUUAAAGAUGAUAAACAUAUUUGGAAAACAAAGAAUUUAAAACCAGAAAUUAUUAUUGAUUUAACUGCAAAUAUCAAAAUCUCAUUGAUAAGAAUUUGGAAUUACAAUAAAUCAAGGAUUAAAUCUUAUAAAGGUGUUAGAUUAUUAAAGAUAACUUUAGAUGAAAGAUUAGUAAACUAUUUAUGUAAUAUUUUAGUUAGAUAUUUUAUGGAGACAUUUAGAAAGCAACAGGAGAUUUAAAAAAGUUCUAAGAUAAUUGUGAAUACAUUUUAUUUACAUAGGAUACUAAAAUAAUAAGUAGAAUAGCUGAAUUAGAUUGGUUAAACAAAAGAGCUGAAGAUUAUUCUAUUUAAAUUCUAUAAUAAACUAUGAGUAUGCAAUAAAUUAGACCAAAUACUGGUACUAAAUUAUAAUCAUAGAAUUAAAGAUAAUAAUAAAAUGAUUAAUCUCCAUCAUCAAAAUUAUAUUCAUCUAGAGUUUAUUAGCUAUAAAAUAAUGAUUAAUAAUAGUAACCAAUAUAAAUUUAAAGACAAUAACAAUAAUAUAAAGAAUAAUAUAUAUAGAAAGCUUCAAAUAAAUAAGAAAAAGUAUAAAUACAAUAUCCAGAAUACAUAACUGUAAUUGAUAUUUUAUUGGAGUUUAAUAAUGGAUCAAAGAGAUACUUAGGACUUAAUGGUUUAAUUUUUAUUGAUGAUAAAAACCAAUAGAUUCAUUAAGAAGAUAUUUUAAAUUCUAAUUUAACUGAUUAUGACAUAUAACUUUUAUUCUAUUCUAAUAAUCCUACUUUAGUUGAUUCAUCAAAUAUGGUAUGGUUAAAAUAAAAAAAAAUUUAUAUCAAAUUUAAAUAAUAGACAAAACUAUCAAUGAUUAAAUUUUAUAAUUGUAAUCAAAUUAUUAGUGAAUCAACAUUUUCUGGACCUGAAAUAGUGAAAAUUAAUUAUAAUGGUAGAUUUAAAAUAUUUAGUAAUUAUUUAUUUAUUAUAUAAAUAGAUUUAAGACCUGCACCAUGUGAAGAAAUUAAUUUUGUUUAAACAAUUAAUUUAACUUAACCAAAUAAUAAUUCUUAUUCUAGUAAUUUGAUUGCUAAUUAUGAAUUAUUUAAUUAAAAUUAUAUUAUAGCAUAUCCUCCUUGUGGGAUGUUAGUAACAAUAUAUUUGUUUAAUACUUGGGGAGAUAAUAAUUAUAUAGGUUUAAAUGGAUUAGAGAUAUAUGACCAUUAAGGUUUAGCUUUAUUAUAAAGAAAAACAAUUCCUUAUACAAUUCAUUCAGUUCCAUAAGUACUUAAAUUAAAAUAUAAUUCUAGUUGGAGGAUGAUCCAAGAGUUGUUUAAAAUUUAGUGAUUCCUCCACAUGAUAUCAACUGUUAACCAUAGAGAAGUUUCUUGGCUCCAUUUAUAAAUACUCCAAUGGAGAAAUUAAAAAAUAAGAAUGCAAUUAUAAUAUAAAAAGCAAGAGAUUUGGAAAGAUAAGAUAUAAAUAAGAUAUAUAUAUUGUUUGAUAAACUUAUAUGUUUCAGUGGGAUAGAUUUUUAUAAUUAUACUAAAGAUUGGUAAAGAGGAGUAAAAUAAAUUCAUAUAUAUAUUAAUAAUAGAUUAAUAUAUUAAGUACUUUAUUUAAUAUUAGAUUUAGGGUAACAUUAAUCAAACUUUCUAAGAUAUUAAAAAGAAUAUAUUUAAUAAAACUACUAUAUUAUUUUAAGAUUCCAACUAAAUAAAAUAAUAAUUAAAUCCAUAUUUCUAUUAAUUUCCAGAAGAGUAAAUUUCAUUAAUUGAUGAAAACAGAUAAUUAACUUAAAGAGAAUAUUAAUAACAUUUUCACCAUCAAUUAACAAGACCAAAAACAAGUGUUAAAUGA